AUGAUUAACAGAUUAGGAUUAAACACUGGUGCUCCAUAUCAUUUAUUAUUUUAUUCAGUUGCUUUUGGUGGAUCAUUUUAUUAUUCAUUUAUUGUAUCACCAUUAGUGUUUAAGAAAUUAACAAGAGAAGAAUUUAGUCACUUACAAAAUAAAGUGUUUCCAACUUAUUUUGUUGGUCAAACGCUUGCUCCAAUUAUUUUGGGAUUAACUAGCCCAAUUAAGACUUGUCGAAAGGGAUUAGGUGCUGUAUUGGCAGUUUCCUCAGUUGCUGGUGCUUUGAACUAUUUUGUCUUAUUACCAAUUUGUAAAGGAAUUAAAGAAGAAAGAAAUCAAUUGGUUGAACAAAAUAAAGAUAAAGAUGACAAGGGCGAACCUACCCAAGAAUUUACCGCCUUAUCCAAGAAAUUUGGUAAAUAUCAUGGAAUUUCUUCCUUACUCAAUUUAAUCUCCAUCGUUUCUCUUGGUCUUUACGGUGCCGCCUUGGCUAAGGGGUUAAGUAAGUUAUAA